CUUGCCCAACAACAAUUUGCCCCUCGACGAGUCCCACGGUCGAUACUCUGUGGAGAGGCUUUCAUGUGUGCACAACCAGCCUUGUGUUAUGAGAAUUACACUUGCUGUUUUGACUGAAGAUUAAAAGUGAACAGUUUGUGUUAAAGAGCCAAACGGGACGGAAUCAACAUUUAAGGGCGAGCGGCACGAGUGAGGAGGAAAUGGCGCGCCUCAUGAAGCAAGUGAGCAUCGAGAGUCCCAGCCACACGCUUAAGGAAUGUAUAUUCAGCUUCGAGACUCCCAUGCCUGACAUCCCACCAGCAGGAGCCAGGGUCAAGGUUCGUAAUGCUGGUGUGUGUUACCGCCUGAGGUCGGCGUCAUCUUCCUCUAGUAUCAAGUCUAUUGAAGCACUGCACUGCGGGUCACCACUGCAUCACUCAGUCAGGGACACUGCACUCUUCCCUGGUUAUGAGGUGGCUGGGACAGUGGACGCCCUUGGAGAGGAAGUUGGCGAAACAGAUCUCAAGCUGGGGGACAGAGUCAUUGUAUACCCAUAUGAGGGACAUCCACCAGGAUAUGCUGAAUAUAUUGCAGUGCCUGAAGUGCAGUACUUGAUUAAAGUGCCUGAAAACAUGGGUCUGAGCACAGCUGCUAUGCUGCCCUCUGGUGCACUCUGGGCCAUGAACACAGUCUUUAACGCUCAUAAACACGUUGAGAAAGUCCUCGCAGAGAAAGGAGAGACGGGUCAGUGUAAGAUACUAUUGGUGGGCACCGGUGGUCUUGCUCUUUGGGCAAUGAGAAUUGCUCGUUUUUACUGGCCAGAAAAGAGAGAUCGUAUCAACAUCAAUGUGGCGUGUCUUAGAGAUGAGGGAAUCUCUAUUGCACAGGAAUAUUUAAAGGUAAAUGUUGUCCAGUGGAAUGAAGAUCUUUAUGAGGAGCAGCUAGUAGAGCGUACUAAGGAUGCCUGUGGAGGACCUGUCGACAUCGUCAUUGACUUCAGUGCCACUUCACGCUCCGUUCGAAGGGCUCUCAAGUGCCUGGCUCCCGGUGGUGUAACGCUCAUGAGUUCAGAACAUGCAGAGGGACUUAUAUCCCGCUUUGGAGCUGUUGCUGAAAAAGAGAAUCACCACCUUAUUCCAAUCGAAUUUGGUACCUUAAAUCAGCUCCGGAAUCUUGUACAUCUUGUUUCCACAGGAGAGAUUGAGCCUCCACCACACACCAUAUUCUCAGCUGACCAAGCCAAUGAGGCCUUAGCAAAGAUUGGCCGAGGCCUAAUCCCAGGUCGAGCCAUUCUGGAGUUUCCUGAAGACGAUGAAGAGUCUGAGGAGUAAACUCAUUUAUGAAGAUUUUACACAAAUGUAAAUAUACACUGAGGAUGUAUUACAAAGAAUCUUCAAGCAACACUGACUUUCAGAGACCUUACCUCAUGAAGGCACCUUCCUGAAGAUUUCCUGAUUUCAGGACUGCAAAACCUAUUACUAGUUUCUCUCCACAGAGCACCUCAGCAUUGAAUUCAAAAGGUGUUCUAACCAAUAUCUUUUUACUUGAAUAUUUUGGUACUGGUGUGAGUACAUUUACAUUGGAAUGUGAUUUAAAAAUAUUGUUGUGGACUUCCUAAUCCUAAUUCUGGUAGUGUUCUGCAAUGCUAAGCGACUUAGGAAGGAGAGAUUAUCUAGUAAUGUGAUAGAGGAAUUGUGACUAAUUUUUUUGUGUAUAGUGUUAGCUGUGCUUGAAAAUGUUAAUUAUCACUGGUUCCGAGGAACUUCACACUGGUUGAUAACUUACAGGACACUUGGCAGAGCAUCAUUGUGAAUAUACUUUUUAUAUUAUAAUGAACGUGGUGUGAGAAGCAUCACAAAACAAGCUACUUUUAGUCAUAAUUAUUUAAUUAAGGCUCAGGUCUUCACAAGGUUUGUUCUUCCUUUUGCCAUUUGUGCAUCAGUUGUACUGCAGUUUUCCAUAGCAUAUCAAAAUGAAUGAAACAAUGCCAAAGUAACGUACAGUAACAAGUCUUAUAUCAAGACCUUAUACUGUAUUAUAACAUUUUUUUUUUUAUAAGAAAACAGCUUAUUUAUAUGACAAAUAUACAAGGUAAUUUGUCAGAUUUGUUAUGUGCAUAUUGUUAAAGUGACCAUGUAAAUAUUGAGUUUUGGAUGGGUUAAACCAACCAUUGCUGACUCUAUUGUGGUUGUUCUUUAUUUAAAGAAAUCCACAAAAAUACUGACUUAAACGGCUGUGAUAAAGAGGCACUCGUAUUCACUUCAAGACCGGUCACAAAGAUCAUCCGCAUUAUUGUUAUCCUUUACCUGUGCUAGUGAGCAUGUGGCCAUGGCAUUUUCUGGAAUAUUCAGAAAAACUCAUGGAAUAUCAAGCAGUAAGGUUCAGUAAGUAGAGAUGAAUUAAGAUAAAAUAAAAGAUCUCUGCAAUCAGCAUUUAUGCAGCAACGAGCAUGACAUGCUUGUUCCAGUAGCCUCAAUGAAAGCUUUUUGUACAACUUAAGCCUCAAGUAUAUGGCAGUUAUUGAAAUGCUGAUAAUAAGUAUACAUGUUUUAUUUAUUAUUUAAUUACAUAAAUGUUAAAUAUAUAUUUAAUGUAGUAUAUAAAAAGCUACAUACUCUAUUGUAUAAUCAAAUAUUUUGCAUCAUUUGGGCAUUUUUCGGAAUUCUUCUUUCUGGACAUAGUAAGCAACUCGGUUAUAAAUUUUGAGAAAUGUGUACAUCAUUCAUUCUUUAUAUAUAUAUAUAUAUAUAUAUAUAUAUAUAUAUAUAUAUAUAUAUAUAUAUAUAUAUAUAUAUAUAUAUAUAUAUUUAUAUUUAUAUUUAUAUUUAUAUUUUACUGGUAUAUAACUAAAUUUUAGUUUUUAUUGAUCUGUAUAAUAAUGAAUAUUGGCAAUAUUUAACAGCAGCGAACAUUGCUUACAACACAGCUGUUUUAUGGAAGCUAAACAGUGCUGGCCAUAAUCUGGCCUGCAAGUCUUGCAGCACAAGAACCUUAUGUUUUGUGGACUGUGGCAAAGUUCCUUGCGGUAUCAUUUGCACAAGUCUGCAGCAUUGAGCUCAUUAUGAAUGUGGCUUAUUUAUAUUUUGUUAGAAAAACAAUGCUUAUUAUUUUAAGGUUUUAAACUUGUGUCAUGAGCCAAAAUGGCAAUGGUUUACCAGCAUCUUACUUUGUUAUCCAUGGACAAGGUAUAUUUUUCUUAACAUUCCUUAGUGUGAUCUCUUUAAUAUUUCAGAACUGUUACAAAUACUUGUGUUUUCUUGUCACAAAGGCAUCCAGAUCUAUUAUGUACGUGUAGCAGAGUACAGUGACUGUUGUGGCUAAUGUGGCAGUGGUGACAUAUGGUAUGCUGAUUUAGCCUCAUAAUACUGUUUGCCUAGUAUGGUAGAUAAAAAAAAAAGAGGCUCAAUAAAAUCAAUAUUUACUUGCCAAAGAAACUUAAUCAUAUCUCUCCUGAGUGAUGUAUGGGGUGCAUUUUACUCUAUACAGUUAAAACUCUGUUAAACCUCUUCAGGGAAAGAACCAUAUUUUUUUACUUGGUUUUUAUGUAAGUAAACCUGAGCAGUCAUCCUUGUAACAUCAACAGGUAGUGCAAUUUUAUUUGAAUACAUCUAUUGAGUGUUAAUACAUAGAUAAAUAAUUACAAAACUGAAGGUAAUUAUAUUAUUCAAGUGGGUUUAGAGGUUUUAUUAAUGAGGUAAUUAAUGAUGUGUAUGGCAAUGGCUCUAACAAAGUUAUGACUUAGUCAUCUUUUUAUGUGCAGAAAAUAUUGUACAUUGUAUAUAUAACUGCAUUGCCAUAGAUUUCUGGAGAAAACAAAUUACUUCAGUUUAUAUAUACAUAUGUAGUAUAUGGUAGUAUAGUACUGAAGAUUAGCAGAGUACAGUACUGUAUUAUGUAUUGUAAAUGUAUUUAAAAAUAAAUUGAUUAUGUAUAGAGCCAAACAAAUAAAAAUGCAAUUCAAAA